GCUGUGGUUGCGUGCAGAGCGGCUCCCUCUGGAGGUCGGCGGCAGGUAGCACCUUCAGACAGACGUGUGACGUCACACGUCUUCUGCCACCACCUCUCGGCGGCGGGCUUUCUCUUUUGCUGGGCACUCACUCCGUCGUCGGCGAGCGGCCAGAAGAACAGAAAGUGGUGCUGAGAGCGUAGCGGAUCCUGGCACUCGCAGUCAGCUGACCCAACGCCAGGAGUACAUCGCACCCGCGCGGCAAGGAGAUGCGAGUCACCUGAGAGUGAGGAUUCCACCCUUUCGCCCCGUUCAGUGCAUUUCCGACACAAAGUGUGUGUUUCGUAGAAAAAAGAAAAAAAAAUUUGGAGACCAUGCGGUGCCGUGCAGUAGUGUUUUUGAUCGUGGCGCAGCUCGCCACACCUGCGCUUCUGCAGCAAGGCCAACCCAUUUUCUUUGGUAACCCGGCUGCCUUCCAGUACCAACAGACGUUCCCCGGUUCCAACUUUGGUUCCAACAGCGCGCCUUCCGUGUACGUGCCGUUUGAGUCGCGCCAGUCUAGCACUUCGCACCGCCGUGAUUUUUACAACCAGCCCGAGUUGCCUUCGUCGGCGUUCCAACCGUCGAAUCGGUUCAACGCCUUCCAGCCUGACCGGCUGACGCUGCAGCCAUCCUUUUUCCCUCGCACCCCAACAGCCCAGUCCGAAGUGCGUUUCGAGGCGCCAACCGCCCGCAAGCUCGGGCCGCCAAGUGACUCGCUGAACGGUUUCCCUCGGGCGCCCGCCGUGCCACAGCCUGUAGAGGAAAACGUCUUCGAUUACGGAGGCAGGGGCAGAUAUUACCAAACAACCGAGCGAAGCACCACCGCGAAGCAGGCGUCGGGCUUGCGCCGCUUCAAGCCUGGCACCCGAGCGCAAGCUGGUUCGAGAAACAAUUUCAUCAGGAGUGAGGUUACAACCACAACUACUUCAACUGCGGCCUCCACAUCCGGCAGGGGCCGCUCGGGUGCCAAGUACAGAGUAAUUCCUCAGCGCUUCAAGACGCGUCCGCCCCCCAUCGAAAUUCCUCUGCUGGAGUCCGUGCGACAGCCUACCACCCCGGCGCCGUUCGAGUCCUCGCGGCAGUACACUCCCACCACGUCACGCGUGCCUCCAACCACCUCGAACAUUGUGCCCUCUGUCGAGUACGAAUUCCCUGGGGCGUCCGAGGCAGAAUUUUCCGCACCCUCUGGCCCAUCGGCGCCGUCAGGCCCCUCUGCUGCCGGGGAGGAGCAGCAAGGACCGUCAUCGCCAGACUACGAGGAUGAGUACGAAAGCGAACCUAAAAGCGAGGCAAAGCCGGCGGAGGAAGCCACCCGUGAAGAGUCGUGGGCCCCUCCUAGCGGUGGUGACGAUGAGGAAGACAGGCCUGUGACGGAGGCUUCAGCGGCUGCAGUGUCGGUGUCCGUUCAAACUGCCGUUUCGACGGAGCCGCGUGCGACCACUCCAACGCCAGAGGACUCAAGAGUCGAGAGCGGACCGCACCUUGAAGUCCCCCCGACUGGAGAGCCGGAAGUUAGCGUGACGAACUCGACUGAGAGCUGGGUUGUGGUUGCCUCGGUGCAGACGAGCCGCAGCGUCUCCGGUGCUCGCUUUAUCCCCUUCCACAUCGGGAUCAAGCAGGACGAAAAGGUUCUGCCUUCGCUGCAGUCGGAGAAACUCGAGCCAACCACCCCUUCAUCGACGUCGGUUCAAACUACGUCCUCCACCUCCCCAACGACGACGACCACCACAACAACCACGACCACUGAGGCAGCUAUUCCAAUUAGUGAAGAACAGACCUCAACUUCUACCUCAACAACAACUACAACAACAACUGAAGCUGAUGAGGCUCCGCUGUUUGAACGAAAAUUCUCACCUGCACCGCGCCAGCAAAAGCCCAAAUCGCGCGUGCCACAGAGCGUCCUAGAGAGCAUCCAGUUCGAUGACCUCGGACCUAGUCUCCUGCCACCAGGCUUCAAACCUCGGCAGGGCCAGAGUUCUUUCCGCGGGCGCCCGUCGAGCACCUCUGAAAGCCCUGAAACGUCGUCCACAGUGACAACGACAUCCACCAGCACGACGACAGCCAAACCAAAUGAGAUUAAGUUCGAUGUAAUCGAUCCUGCACUUCUUCCUCCUGGUUUCAAGUUCAGUCCAAACAAUCAGGCACCACCGCCAGAGGAGGGAGAGACGACUACCAGACGCUCCAGCAGUUUCAAGCCAAAGUCACGACCUGCCGGCGCCAAGAGCUUGAAUGCCAGCAGCGACUCCAACGACGUCGUCACCAAGCAGAAGGCAGAUGACCUCCUCGCUUCCUUGCUACCUCCGGGCUUCAAAGGCCCAAAAAUCGCUGAGAAAGUGCCAGAAACCCUUUUGCCCCCUGGCUUUAAACCCGCGCCAGAAAAGCCCAGCGACGACUUGUUGGCCGCCAUCAUCGGCAAAAUCAAACCUGUCGAGGUGCCCGCUCCUGCUGGAACUGCUCCACCGGUUGAAGUCAAAUCAUCAGUUGCGACCCCCAAACCAGCAAUCCACGUUCCAAAGCCUGGUUCCGGAACCCGCAAACCGUUUGGAGGUUUCCGACUCACCAGCCCCAAGCCUGAAGGAGACGAAGACAACAGUCAACACAGUGGAAGUGCUGGUGGCCUCUCUGCGCCCAAAAUUCAAAAGGGUUGGCCAACAAGGGCGACGACCGAUUUCUCCGGUUGGCCAACGCCGCCAACCACCCCGUUGAGUGUGGAGAAAAUUCUCGAGCUUGCGGCUCGCUCGACCACAACGACGACAACAACAACCGAGGCAACAACUACGACCACAACAACAACGACGACGACGACGUCGCGGCCGACGACGCCGGGAUUGUGCACCAGCGAGUGCCAGUUGGCGGGCACGAUCCGCCUGACGGACGGCGCCCACUGGCUGCCCGAACUGAUGGACCGCAACACGGACGAGUACAAGGCACUCGCUGCCAACCUGACCGCCGAGCUCAGGAAAAUUUACCGAAAAUCCGAUUCUCUAAACAAGAUAUUCAGAAACGUCUGGAUCGACGGAUUCAACAAGGGCAGCGUGCUGGUGGACUAUAUCGUGCAGCUGGACACGCAAACCAGAGAUUACAGCACGCAGCAGCUGAAGCAAAUGUUCCACGAGAGUCUCAGUCAGCCUUACAAAAAGCACACGCAGCCAGAGACGGAAGGUGAAGAGGGCGAGGCCAAAAGCGCCGCUGCGCUCCAGCUUGGAAUGUUUGAGAUCGACCCUGAGUUCACCGAUUUCGUAGUUUUGCCGCCGAGCAUUGACCCAACACCGCUGCCAAAGCAAGAGGACGAGUUCCUGCCUCAAUGGGCCAUCGCGGUGAUCGUCAUUGGACUCGCCUCACUGCUCUUCGUCAUCAUUUUCGGCGUCUCAGUGCUGAUCAACCGGCAGCAGGCGCAGCAGUCCAAGCAGCCAGUGAUUCUGUCCGACGCGAUGUUGAACGAACUCGGCAAGGACCACAUGGGCGGCUACGACAAUAUGGCAGCUGUUGAUGACCUCUAUGGCCUCGACGGCUGGGACACCAGACCCAGGGAGCCGGAACCUCGAUACUCCUCUAAGAGGGGCAAGUCACACGGCAUGGGCUUUGACAGUUGGCGAUCCGAUUGGAACAACUGCUACUACGGUGGCUCAGCUAACGGCGGCUACGUGAGCAAGGGCCCAGGCAGCCACUCGAGCCGCGGUGGCAGCCGCCGUGCCAGAAUCCCCGACUACGACACCAACUUCUGAGAUGUCCGUGCCUAUUUAUUGCAGUAGCACUCUAUUUAUGUUUGCGUGAAAACAAGAGAUUCAGACUUUCCGGACAGGUGUGAUUUGCAUUUAAUUUGAGAGGAGACGAGAGAAGAAACACAAGUCAGCAAAGGCGCGGCUUUUCAGGAGAACAUUUAUUUCAGGUCUGGCCAUUUCUCCGCAGCAGCUCAAAGUGCCAGACAAGUUUCACUGCGCGCCGGAAAAGCAGCCUCGGACCGCUUUAAAGUGAUACAAUUCGAUUUCUAAGUGCGUAGUCUAAUUAAUAUUAUCUAUUUACAUACUUAAGCAGUGAAUUUUAUGAAUGCAUGUGUAUAAAAACUUAUUUACGCUUAAUCUUUGCCAUCGCCCAUGACAAACAACGAUAUUGUAUUGUAGAAAUACAAAUGUUUUAGUUUUUU